AUGCCAGAAGACCCCGAAUCCAAAGCCCUAAUAAUCGGCAUUUCCGGCGUAUCAUCUUCUGGCAAGACGACUCUAGCAAGAAUUCUCCGCGACAUCUUCCCGAGGUCGUUCAUCCUCCAUGAAGAUGACUUUUACAAGACCGAUGCAGAAAUCCCGGUAAACGAAAAAGGCAUCCAAGAUUGGGACUGUCUAGAGUCAAUCAACUUGCCAGCUUUUGAAGCUGCAUUAAAGUACAUUCGACAACACGGCCAGAUUCCUCCGGAUUUCGUCUCAAAAGAGGACAGGAAUUCUGUUGGAGAAGUCAAUGUCGACAAGUCCGUUAUCAAAGAUUUGGAACAAGCUCCCAUGUCCUCAAUCCGCUCCCUUUUCGACGUGAGACUUCUCCUACACACAGAUUACUCGACUGCAAAAUCUCGAAGAGAAGCUAGGAAAGGUUAUGUCACGCUCGAAGGGUUUUGGGAAGAUCCACCUGGCUACAUCGAUGAUGUGGUUUGGCCAAACUAUGUCAAAGACCAUAAAUUUCUUUUCGAGGACGAAGAUGUUGAGGCCGGCAAAUUGGAUCGGGAUGUUUUGGAAAGACUAGGAAUCAGAGCUAUGCCGGAAGAAGCGCAGAACAAUAUGACGGAAUGCGUGAAAUGGGCGGAUGGAAUUGUGAUUGAAGCUUUGGAGAAGUUUACUGGGACUUCAGCACACUGA